AUGGAUAAUUUAAAUGGUAAUGUAGAUAAAGAAGGAUAUGGAAUAAUACAGACAGGACAGUUGGUAGGAAUGAAGACAGGAGAGUCUCCGUUCGUUUUCGUUGGCAACACCGUGGAGGAAACUCCCAGGAUGCCGACAAAGAAACGAAAGGACGACGAGGGCGAGGGCUUGGAGCAGUUCUCCUAUGGCGUCGGAUCCAUUGUGGAUACUGUCGAGUUGCGGGAUUACACCUGCACCUUGAGUCGCCGUGGGAGAGACUUGUCGGAUGAACUUCUCAGGCUAAUCAUGGCGAUGAAACUUGAGAAGGCGUCGAUGACGAAGGUCCGGGAAGAAGCCUUCAAGAAAGCGAGAUCCGGUCUCAUGAACGUGAUAGACGAGUUAGUCUAUGCGCAAAUUAUGAUGCAGGGGCGCCUACUAGAGGCCAGUCACCAACGGACCUCCCAGACGAGCUCCAAUAGGAUUGUGGUCGACUUGACGAAAGAGUGUGGGGAAGUCACACCGGUGGAAACGCCGAGUGAUGAGUACCUGCUUGAACGGAAAGCCGAUCGCAUCAUUGAAGAGCUCAUCGCCGCCGGGGAAGUGAUGGUAGAGAACAGUGGAAUAGAGCCAGAAAAGAAGUCGAAGAAGAGUAAGAAGAAGAAAAAGGAGAAGGUGGGUCCACCUCCUGAACCCAAGUUGGUACCAGAGGCGUCGACCUCUAAGGGAAAAGCGGGAAAAUCGAAGGUCACUAAGGCAGUGGAAGCACAGCCGAAGGUACUGGAGAAGAUCCCGCCAAAACCUAAGAAGGAGACAAUUGCUAAAGGGAAAAAACGGGUGGAAGCCCCGGUAGGACCCCCGAAGCAAGUGCCGACGAAGGUUCAACAGGCGACGGAAUGGACGACAGUGAAGAGAGGUAAAAAGCAAAGAGAGAAAAGAGUAGUCCCCAGAGAGGUGAAAAUCCUCCUGGAAGAGACUCAGAAAGCGAGGGUCAAAAAAUUCGGUGGCUAUGUUCUCAGAGUAGCCAGAAAGACCGAAGUGGCCGAAACUGGAAAGCCGAAAGUUGCCCCUGAGGCGACCGAGGCAGAACUGGUGAAGGCUCUUUGGGAUGAACUGGCGAAAAAGAAAUGUUCGCCGAAAUUCAAGAGGCUGAAGAAAGUAGGAAGGGACAAGUUAUAUUUGGAGCCGGAGAAUGAGGAGACGAGGAAACUUCUCCAAAACACUUCGUUGGAUUUGCGUCCAGCGGGUGAGAGAAAUCCUCGUAUAAAAGUACACGGGGUCGGGAUCGAGGUCGACGAUGACGGGGUAGCCGCGCUGUUGGAGGAGCAGAAUGAAGAUUCUGUGAAUCUGCCGGCGGGGUGGAACCGGAGCGUUUCCCUCAUUCCGCGGAGAGCGAGGGUGACGAGAAGGGGACGUGAUGUCGAGUUCGAGGUAACUCCGGAGGUCGCUGGCGCGCUUGUGGGCACGGUAGUGUUCGUUGGGCUGUCGCGGUGUCGG